UUUUUUUGUUUUUGGGUUCUUGAGGUUUUGCCUAUUGCAUUUAAGAAUAGAGUCAAUUAACCCACCGAUAAAAAAGAAGUGUGUUGAGAUUUUUUUUCCCGAUGAGCUCAACUCAAGUGUAGCAGUAGAAGUUUAUGUAAACACGUGUAUAAAAAGCCGAACAUUUCUUUUCGUCCAAUUUCGGCAGACCCACCUUCCUCCAUUUCAACCCAUAUAAAUAUUCAAUUUCCUCUAUUUUCUCACACAAAUAAAAUCUUCGCCCAACUCCUCUCAAAGAAUUUCAAUAAACGGUGUGAAUCUCGGAAUUCCGGCGGAAAUGGUUGCCGAGGUGUCGCCGGAGUGGCUUCCUCCUGGCUUCACGGUGAAGACUAAGUACAAGUCUGGGAAGAAAGUUAAGUACUAUUUCAAUGUUGCAACGGGUAAGAAAUAUUAUUCCAAGAGUGAGGUCAUUCGUUGUGCCGCAGAAUGCAACAGUGGUCUGCUUGUUACACCUCAAACAAUAAAUGCUGAUGAUGAUAAUGGGCCCUCCUCGUCUAACAAAGUUGACAACAGUCUUCUUGUUACACCUCAAACAAAAAAUGCUGCUGACUGAUAAUGGGCCCUCCUCAUUUAACAAAGUUGAUGCGAUAUCAGAAAAAACAAAUGAUUCGGCAUGGUUGCCUAAUGGAUGGACAGUGGAAGAAAGAACAAGAAAGAGCGGCUCAGCAUAUGGAUCAUCAUACAAGGUGUAUACUGAAUCAUCAACCGAGAAGAAACUUUAUUCUAAAGCAUCUGUCAUUAGAUACUUGAAUGAUGUAGCUCAUAUUGACAUCAUGACUCAGCAAAAUAAAAGUGACAAUGUGGAUGAGCCACUUCCAGACAAGUCACUGCAGAUAUCACCCAUGACAAAUACUGGUAGCAUUUCUGGAAAGAAAAGGAAGGCCAACUCUCUUGCCAAGGUUUCUGCUGUUCCGGAGAAGUCACCACAGAUCACAUCCACGACAAGUACUCAUGGUACUCAUGAACAGGGAAUGGAGGGAAACUCUGUUGUAAAGAUAGACAAUGUGGGUGAGCCCUUUUCAGACACAUCCCCACAAGUCAGAUCCACGACCAAUAAUGGCGGCAUUCGUAAAACGAAAAGGAAGAUCAGCUCUUUUGUGACGGUAGCCAUUGAGAGGACAGCUGCUGAUGAUCUGCCUGAUGGCUGGAUAAAAGAAAUCAGGACAAGCAAAUCUGGGGAUAAGAUUAGAAAAGAUCCGUAUUACACAGAUCCAGCCAGCGGUUUCAUGUUUCGUUCUAAACCAGACGCCUUGCGGUAUCUGCAAACCAAAGAUAUUGGUAGCUGCGCUUGCAAGCCACUGAAAAUGGAACUGGAUGAUAUCAAACCGAUUGAGGAGAGAAACCAUUCUUCAACUCCAGCUAUGCACGAAAGGCGGCCUUUUCUUGGUGAAGAAUCAAAUGGUGGUGCAGAAAGUCUGGGGAUGAAGAGCCCAGCGGGAUCUGACACCAAGACUUUGAAACAGCAGCAAGCUGGCCAAGAUAGUGUCGAAGUUAUUGCAGUUGGGGCUCACUAUCGGGGAGAUGAAGUUUCAUGUGAAAAUUCUAACAAGAGUGCCAAAAUGGGAAAUAACCCUGAACCAGAAAGCGACGUCUCUAUAAAUGCCGUUAGAGUUAUAGCCGUAGAUGCAGCUACGAGUUCACCUGUGGCUGAUCCCUCAAGAAAUAAGGCCGGCUCAAGAAAAUCCAAAAAAAGAAGGGAGCUGAGCACGCCAUUACGGACUUCGAAAAGGCUUGCAGGUUCUGAACCUGAGACACAACCCAACUUCGGUUUGAAUGAACGCUCUCUAAGGGCUUCUCUGAGAGGAUCCACUGCUAAAGAAGUUGAUGCUUCUCCCAUUGUUCCACUUGAGGCUUCAGAUAUUCCUCAGACAUCGAAUAUCGAGCCAGCCAAAGAGGUGGUAGAGCAUGCAGUUACAGGCGAGGAAACUCAUCAAGAUGUUACUCAGCCAAAAGAAGAUGAAAAGCCUCCUCCUGCAGAGGGCUCAACUGUUCCAGAAGAGCAGUCUGGUGGGACAGAGACAGCUAGUAUGAAUCCUCUCGUUGAUGAUCAACAAUCACAAGCAUCGCAGCUUUGCUACGAUUUUGGGGACUCUUGGUCCGAUCCAUUGGAAUUUGCCUUAAAGACUCUCAGGGGGGAAUUACCGAUUGAGGACACCCUGACAUUUCCGAGUUGCUUCAGGGACCCGCUCGACACAGCUUUCAGUCAGAGUGACGGAUGCUUGAAGCAGCCGCAGUUUGACGCCCCCAUCAACUUCCAAAGUGAAUUCGCGUCCCCUUCUGAAUCUUCAAAGAAACAAAAUGCUGUUGAUCCGCCGCCAGCCGCUCCACCGUCAUUCUCUGCCCUUGGGAAUCUCGGUUUCAGUUCCUUUGGUGGCUUCAACUUCCAGCCUAGCGCAGAGGUUGGGAAGAAGGAUUCCAAGACCAACUUUAACCCUUAGAAGAAACAAAAGAAAACAAGCAAGCUGGACCAAAGGUUAGAUUCUAACAAAUAUGCUAAAACUUUUGUGGGUCUAAGCAGAAGGUUUGCUGUUGAUGAAUUUUUUGGAUUAGUGUUCUUAUGCUUUUGGCUAAAGUUGCAAAAAAUAGAAUGUCGUCGCAUUUCUCGUAACCUCUAGGCUAUGGAGAAGUAUGGUCGCUUUUGAUGAUUUGGGAUUAAACUGAUGAUAUAAGUGAUGAAUGUUUUGGGUCUACAUGAACACAUUUAUGCAACUAUGAAUCGAUAUUUUCUGUGUAAAUUUCAUAUUGGCAUCUUUUGUUGUAGACCUUGUUUUAUGUAUGUUUGCUGGGUAGGCAUAUUUGGAAUGGUCAAGUGUAACUACUUCAAUUGUGUCUUUUGUUUCUUGAUUUGUAUUUAUUUUGUGUUUGUGUUUAA